AUUUCUUCCGGGUUGGGAUGAGGAGAGAGAGAUGCAGUUCUCUCUGCUCAUCAGCCUCUCCUCAGUCAGACAGRCAGCGGCGGAGGCAGCACGUCCGCCCAGAGACACACAGCUCAGAACCGGUUCCCAGCGACCGAAGAACCCACCGUCACUUUCACGCUCCUCUCACAUGGAUGUAUCCUCCAGUGACGCCUUUUGACGUCCGGACUCGUGGGGGUCGUGUUAAAACUCACCAGCUCAGCUUUAUUUAUUUAUUUUUAUUUGUUAAGGGGAGGACUGGUUUAUCUCCGCCGCUCGGAGGGAGACACUCUCCCCACAUCGUUAGCUUGCUAAGCUAACUAGCCCGCUAACUUAGCGGUGAUACUUUGAACCGUAUCAACGUCAGUUUUCUGCCUCCUCGCUAGCCUGCGGUCUUUUUUUGCGGCACACUGGCAUAUCGAGGAGCCCCGUCUCUCCAGGAGCAUGUGUGAGUGACAAAAGAAGAGGAAGUGGGAUCUCUGAGGCUCCACCCCCCCUCUGCUGGUGGARCGCCCUGCACAUCUGACCAGAGACCCCUUGAGUCACUUGGAAAGGAUGCGAAGGUUCGCCUACUGUAAGGUGGUUUUAGCCACCUCUCUGGUCUGGGUGAUGCUGGACAUGUUCAUUCUGCUCUACUUCAGCGAGUGCAACAAAUGUGAUGACAAGAAAGAGCGAGGACUGCCUGGAAGGAACGAUGCCCUGUCCAGACCACGAGACGGACCAGGUGAAGGCGGGAAGCCAGUGGUGAUCCCUAAAGAGAACCAGGAGAAAAUGAAGGAAAUGUUUAAGAUCAACCAGUUCAACCUUAUGGCCUCGGAGAUGAUCGCGCUCAAUCGCUCGCUUCCUGAUGUUCGUCUAGAGGGGUGCAAAAAUAAGUUAUACCCCGAUAAUCUUCCUCGCACCAGUGUGGUGAUUGUGUUUCACAACGAGGCUUGGAGCACGCUGCUACGAACCGUUCACUCCGUCAUUGACCGCUCUCCGCACACGCUGCUGGAGGAGAUCGUCCUGGUGGACGACGCCAGCGAGAGAGAUUUUCUCAAACGGCCGUUGGAGCAGUACGUCAGGAAGUUAGAAGUGCCUGUCAGAGUGGUGAGGAUGGAGCAGCGGUCCGGACUCAUCCGCGCUCGCCUCAAGGGAGCCUCCAUCUCUACCGGCCAGGUCAUUACCUUUCUGGAUGCUCAUUGUGAAUGCACCACAGGGUGGCUGGAGCCUCUGCUGGCUCGCAUCAAACACGAUAAGAGAACAGUGGUGUGCCCCAUCAUCGACGUCAUCAGCGACGACACGUUUGAGUACAUGGCGGGAUCCGACAUGACGUACGGAGGCUUCAACUGGAAGCUGAACUUCCGCUGGUACCCUGUACCGCAGAGAGAGAUGGACCGCCGCAAAGGGGACCGCACGUUGCCUGUCAGGACUCCUACUAUGGCAGGCGGCCUGUUCUCUAUAGACCGAGAUUAUUUUCAGGAGAUUGGCACCUAUGACGCAGGCAUGGACAUCUGGGGUGGAGAAAACCUGGAAAUCUCUUUCAGGAUCUGGCAGUGUGGAGGCACUCUGGAGAUCGUCACGUGUUCUCACGUGGGUCACGUGUUCAGAAAGGCGACGCCCUACACGUUCCCCGGAGGAACGGGACAGAUCAUCAACAAAAACAACCGACGUCUGGCAGAAGUCUGGAUGGAUGAGUUCAAGAACUUUUUCUACAUUAUCUCACCUGGAGUGACAAAAGUGGACUAUGGUGACAUCUCCUCUCGCACUGGUCUGAGACAAAAGCUGCAAUGUAAACCCUUCAGCUGGUACUUAGAGAACAUCUAUCCAGACUCUCAGAUCCCACGGCAUUAUUACUCCCUGGGAGAGAUCCGAAACGUGGAGACCAACCAGUGCCUGGACAACAUGGCCCGAAARGAAAACGAGAAGGUCGGCAUUUUCAACUGCCACGGCAUGGGAGGCAACCAGGUUUUCUCGUACACGGCCAACAAGGAGAUCCGAACAGAUGACUUGUGUCUCGACAUCUCCAAGCUGAACGGACCUGUCAUGAUGCUCAAGUGUCAUCACCUCAAAGGCAACCAGCUGUGGGAAUACGAUCCUGUGAAGCUGACCCUGGUCCACGUGAACAGUAACCAGUGCCUGGACAAGGCCAGCGAGGAGGACAGCCAGGUGCCCAGUGUCAGAGACUGCACACACACACGCUCCCAACAGUGGCUGCUCCGCAACGUCACACUACCGGAGGUCUUCUGACCACACCCCACACGCUCACGGACCCACGCCCUCUCUCACACACGCAGCGGCCCGGGGCGAGCGGUGGGACGGACGGUGAGGGGGGGCACGUUUCUUCAGUUUGGGGCCAUAGGACAAACAUAAUUCCCACGUGGGGACUCGCGAAAGGAGGAGGGCGAAGAAUGGGAMGGUACUACCUCUGCCGGAGAUCAGAGGGAGGAGAGUCUUUGAGCCUCCUCGGAGCAAARACCGUGGYUCUUUGUUUUACAUUUGUUUUGUUUUUUUAAAAAGAGAAAACCGAUUUUAACCGUGAAGAGUGCCGGACUCCCGCGUCUGAACCCAGGACUGGGCCGGUGGAGUUGAGGUUCUGCACACAGCUUCCCUGGACGAAGCAGUCCACCCCUCAGCUCAUCACUUAACGUUUACUGAAUGCCUCUGAUCUGUGUGUGCGUGCAUGUGUGUGAGUGUGUGUGCACUUAUCUCUGUGUGUUUGAGUGUGUACUCUAAGAUGAAUGUAUGCUUUGAGAAGGGGCCUGAAUUCCUUGUUCUUUGAGCUCUUUUUUUAAUUUAAUUUUGUAACGGAUUUUGAAACUGAACUCUUAUGAAGCUAUGUGUGCGUGUGUAUGUGUAUGUGUGUGUGUGUGUGUGUGUGUGUGUGUGU